AUGGCCCCGCCCGCGUGGCUAGACGGCCACUGGGGCGCCGUGCCGGAUCCCGAGGCUGACGCCGCGUGUCGCUGCGGCGUCCUCGAGGUGUCUCGCUCCGCCGGUGAGAGCGCCGCGACUCGACUGUAUCACCAGUACCCCCUGCGUCUCAUCGUACCCAGGCGGGUCAAGACGGCCUUCCCGGACGCGGACUGCGUCUGGUGCUACUCCGUCACCUUCGGGGGCGGGCUCGUCGCGGGGGAUCGGUCGGGAAUGAGCGUCGACGUCGCGGACGGGUGCGCCGCCGUGCUGGCGACGCAGGGGACGACCAAAAUCUACAAACACGCGAGGGGGGGCGGGCCGGCGGGAAAACCACCCGCGUCAACUGAAACGAUCACCGACGAGGCGUCCAGGUACUCCGCAUCACACGCGAAGACCUCGCGCGAUACCGUCCAGGCGCUCGCGGCGAGGGUCGGGAACGGUGCCCUGUUGGCCGUUCUGCCCGACCCGGCGCAGGCGUUUCGCGAUUCUCGGUUCAGAAACCGCCAGCGCUUCGCUUUGGCUCAAACCGGGUCCCUCGCGCUGGUGGACUGGGUCACGGCGGGCAGG